AUGUCUUCUAUCAUUAGAUCUGUCAUCCAACAGGAGAUGCUUAUUGGAAAGGUAAUUAAUCUUUCAAAAAUUGGACUUCAACAAGUUCCUUGUGUUCAAGUUCGAUGUCAACAAAAUGAAUUUAAUGAUUAUAUAAAAAAAUAUCAUGUUAAGAGUUAUGAUUAUUGGGCAUUAGAUACUAGUAAAAAAACAAGAAUUGGUGAUACAAUUUUAAUAAAAAGUUUAAGUGAUGGAUUAGAAAAACCUUCUAUAAAUGUUAAUCAUCAAGUAGAUAGAAGAAUUUUUGAAUUUGGUAAUGUUAUCGAUCCUGUAACUGGAAGAAGAGUUAUUGAAAAGAAAUUCUUUGAUGAGAUUGAAUUAGAAAAAGAAGUUGCAAAUGAUGUUAAAGAAGAAUUAGAUGAGGAGCUUCCACAAUAUUUUUGUGCAGAUCGUGAGAUAAAAGAACAAAAGGUAUUUGAAGAACACUCAAAAUCUAAUGAUAAAUAA